AACAUAUGAUAGUUUAUUUCCAUGUGCAUCAGCAACUAACAAUGUCAGUCAGUCGUGGAAUUGCAUAGAAGCACAGAAGGUUAAAUUGGUCUCAGGUAUUUAUUUGAAAAUUGUUUGCUACUUAAUAACGUUGUGCAAUGGAAGAAACGAGCGACAAGUUUUACUAUGUGUAUAGUUCGUCGUUGGACAGUCGUCUGCAAAUUAAAAUAGGAACUCUUGAAGGUAAAAAACAUAAGCCUGAAUAUGAUAAGAUGUUGGCGGAUCCUAUGCUCAAGUUCUCCGGGCUGUAUCAGUCUGAAUUUGCUGAUCUGAUGGUUGAGUGUCAGGUGUUUGACCAGAAUGAGCCCCUCACAUUGCCCAUCACUACCUCGUACAAAGCAUUCUCCAAUCGAUACAAUUGGAACGAAUGGAUCACUCUGGCUAUUCAAUUCAAGAAUUUACCUAGAACUGCUCAACUAGCUAUGACUAUUUAUGAUUGCGGUGGCGUGAACAAGAAAAUACCAGUGGGAGGUACAACAAUUACGUUAUUUAGUAAAUAUGGUGUUUUCAGACAGGGUAUACAGGAUUUGAGAGUGUGGCCUAACAAAGUUGCUGAUGGAAAUUAUCCAACGAGCACACCUGGAAAGGCCAAGGACUGUGGCAAAGAGCAGAUGCAACGUUUGAGCAAACUGGCGAAGAAGCAUAGAAACGGGCACAUGACGAAGGUUGAUUGGCUCGAUCGGUUGGCGUUUAGAGAGCUAGAAUUGGUGCACGAAGCGGAAAAGCGCUCCUCCGACUAUAUGUACUUGAUGGUCGAGUUCCCCGAGGUCACCGUAGAUAAUAUACCCCAUAAUAUAGUAUACUUCGAACAGGACGGGGACGAGGUGUAUCAGUUUCGCGCUCAGCCGGAUAUCGUAACCGUUCCGGAUCAGGAAAUACUGAAAGAGAACUUGGUGGAAAGCAAGCACCACAAAUUGGCCAGAUCGCUGCGCAGCGGUAUCUCUGACAAAGACGCCAAACCGAACGCCCAGGUUCGGGACAUGCUGAACACGAUAGUCUCGUAUCCGCCCACGAAGCAGCUCUCCAACGAGGAACAGGACUACGUUUGGAAGUUCCGGUUCUACCUGAGCAACCAAAAGAAAGCGCUAACAAAGUUCCUGAAGUGUGUGAACUGGAACCAGUCGGGCGAAGUGCGGCAGGCACUGUCCAUGCUUACGCACUGGGCACCCAUGGACGUGGAGGACGCCUUGGAACUGCUCAGCCCCAAUUUCCAGCAUCCCGAAGUAAGGAUGUACGCAAUAUCUCGAUUACAGCAGGCUCCAGACGAAGACUUAAUGCUUUACUUAUUGCAAUUGGUACAAGCACUCAAGUACGAAAAUUUCGAUAUAAUUAAAGCCGCUUACAAACGUUUGUCUCCGGGCAGAGAUUCAAUAAACUCUGGGGAUGGCGACGAAAAGGAGUAUCUGGAGAAACGAGACAACAAGGAAAGCAACGCAACGAUUACGAGCGAACAGAUCAAUAUGAACAGAUCGGCGAGCUAUCAUCAAGCAGAUCAAAUAGCCGCAUCCAACGUGAACAGCGUCAUCGAAGUGGACAGCAUGCAGAGGGCCGUAACUCUGCCCGAAAAUCUCUUGCAGAAUAUGAAUACUGAUUCAGGGAAUACCGAUACGCUGCAGAGCGAUCUGAAGGAUGAGGAGGACGCACAAGAUCUGGCCUCGUUCCUCAUCCGACGGGCGUGCAAGAAUUCCGCACUCGCCAAUUACUUCUAUUGGUAUCUGAUAAUCGAAUGCGAGGAUCAAGAGCACAAAAUAAAACAAGACGUAAAAAUGGUGGUGAGAGACAUGUACUUAACUGUAAUGAAAAUAUUUUCAAAGACGUUGAGCAAGGGAAACUCGGACAUGCAGCAGCGUCGUUUGGCGCUGUCGCGACAACAAAAGUUCAUCGAUAAGUUGGUGAAGUUAGUGAAGACCGUUUCGAGCGAGAGUGGAAAUCGCAAGAAAAAAUCUGAGAAGCUGCAGCAACUGUUAGCCAGCACCGACUCCAAGUUCAAUUUCAUCAAAUUCGAUCCAAUGCCCUUCCCGCUCGAUCCAAGCGUACAGAUCAAGGGGAUAAUACCAAGCAAAGCGAGCCUUUUCAAAUCGGCGCUGAUGCCCUCUAAGCUGCACUUUAUUACCACAAAUGAUUCCGAGUACGUAGCGAUAUUCAAGCACGGAGAUGAUUUGCGACAGGACCAGCUCAUUCUGCAAAUGAUCACGCUGAUGGAUAAGCUGCUGAGGCGGGAGAAUUUGGAUUUGAAGUUGACGCCGUACAGAGUGUUGGCCAUGAGCACAAAGCACGGAUUCGUGCAGUUCAUCGACUCGAUAACGGUGGCCGAAGUUCUGGCCAACGAGGGCAGUAUUCUGAACUUCUUCAGGAAGCAUCAUCCAUCGGAGACCGGCCCCUACGGUAUCGCUCCCGAGAUCAUGGACACGUAUGUGCGGUCGUGCGCCGGCUACUGCGUGAUCACCUAUCUGUUGGGUGUAGGAGAUCGCCAUUUGGACAAUCUUCUCCUGACGACCAGUGGAAAACUGUUCCACAUCGAUUUCGGUUACAUUCUGGGACGCGAUCCGAAACCGCUGCCGCCGCCGAUGAAGUUGAGUAGGGAGAUGGUCGAAGGCAUGGGUGGAAUUAACUCGGAUCAUUAUCAGGAGUUCAAGAAGCAAUGCUACACCGCUUUCCUGCAUCUGAGAAGACACGCAAAUUUGAUGCUAAAUCUGUUUUCAUUGAUGGUCGAUGCGAGCGUUCCCGAUAUUGCCCUAGAACCGGACAAGGCUGUGCGAAAGGUCCAGGACAAGUUGCGUUUGGAUCUUGGAGAUGAGGAGGCUGUGAGAUAUCUGCAGAACCUGCUGGAACUGUCGGUGACGGCGGUCGUGGCCGUCGUUGUCGAGCAAUUGCAUAAAUUCGCUCAGUACUGGAGGAAAUAAUAUGUUUUAAAUUUUUCAUUUUUCAUUUCAUUUUAUAGUGAUAUUACAUUUAA